AUGAAUAUGAACUUUAAAUAUGAAGGCGGAGGUAACACCGAACUUGCCCAAUUAAGGGAUAAAUUAGAUGGAAAUGACCCAAGUAAGAGAAAGGAUGCCGCAAAAUAUGUUGUUUCUCUCAUGAGAGCCGGAGAAAAUAUGCAAAAUGUCUUUUCAAGCAUGCUUCGUUGCGUUAAAACAGAUGAUAUCGAACUUAAAAAACUUGUUUAUUUAUAUUUAGUUCAUUACUCUCCACACGAACCUGAACAAGCAAUUAUGGCAGUAAAUACUUUCAUCAAAGAUGCUGAUGAUUCAAACCCAUUAAUCAGAGCUCUCGCUAUUCGUAAUAUGUGCAGAAUCAAGCUUGAAAAUGUUGGUGAACACAUGAUUCAACCUUUAAUGAAAUCAUUGAAGGAUCAAGACCCAUAUGUAAGGAAGACAGCAGUCUUUGGUGUUGCAAAACUUUACGAUUUCAUACCAGAAUCUGUCGAAAAUUCAGGUUUAUUCAAAACAUUACUUUCUUUACUCAAAGACGACAAUCCAUUAGUUGUUGCCAAUACCACAGCUGUUAUUCUUGAAAUUAAUGAACGUAGAUCUACCCCAAUUUUCCACUUAAACAGUGAAACAAUUGGCCCAAUGUUAUCAGCGAUUUCUUCAUGCUCCGAGUGGUGCCAAACAACACUAUUAGACUCGCUUUCUCAUUACAAACCAGAAACUCACGAAGAUGCUACAUUUUUAAUCGAUCGUCUCAUUCCAUUCCUAAAGAGCUCUAAUCCAGCCGCCGUUAUAGGCUCAUUCAAAUGCAUAUUCUUAUUUAUGGAGCUAGAUCAACGUAAUCCUGUCGAUUUAUUCCCACAAAUCAUUCCUCCAUUUAUUACCUUAGUUGCAUCAAGCGACAACGAAAUACAAUACGUAGUUUUACGUACUCUUUCACUUUUCGUACUCAAAUAUCCGAAAGCUCUCGCAAAAGAGUACAGAAUUUUCUUCUGCAAAUACAACGAUCCAAACUACGUCAAAAUAGAAAAACUCGACAUCCUUGUUACUAUUUGCAGCUCGCAGACCGCUCAAAUGGUACUGGAUGAGCUCCAGGAGAACUGUAAUUCAGUUGAUGUUGCUUUUGUUCAAAAAAGUGUCAGAGCCAUUGGCCAGAUUGCCGUUAAGAUCGAAGCAUCAGCUCGCCGAUGUGUAGACAUCCUUGUCCAGCUUGUACAAGGCAAAGCGGACUACGCUCUCGAAGAAGCAAUAAUUGUUAUGACAGAUAUCCUCCGAAAGUACCCAGGAGUGUUCGAAAACGUCAUUGGAACAGUUUGCCAGUCCUUGGAGAACGUAAAAGCACCGCGCGCCAAAGCUGCAGGAAUUUGGAUUCUUGGAGAGUACAACAGACUCAUCGAACACGUUGAUAUGUUGUUAGAUCCAUUCCUUGAUACCUUCCAUGACGAAGAACCGCUUGUACAACUCCAGUUACUCGUUGCAUUCGUAAAAGUUUACUUAGAAAAGCCGGAUCAAACGAAAGACCAGUUACAGUUCAUCUUAAACGAGGCUACAAAGGCUGGAAAUGUACCUGAUGUUCGCCAAAGAGCACUUCUCUACUGGAAAUUGUUGAUGAGUGAAGGAAAUGUCGCAAAAGAUGUUGUUGUGUUCUCGAAGGAUACUGUUGUUCACUCAGGUGUAUCAUAUACUGAUGAAGUUCUUACAGAACUUAUCAGAAAUAUGGGAUCUGUAUCCGGAGUAUUACAUAUCGUCCCUGGCGACUUCAUUAAGAGACAGAAAUUCGUUCCAGAUGAUAAUAAUGACACAGAUGAUGAAAGAAAUUACAAAAUGCUUAAAGUUUGGAUCAAAACUCCACAAAAUCAAACUUUGGAGUGCAAUUUCCUUUCAUUAGAAAUUGAUUACGAUCCAACAAGCAUAUACUUAAGAAUUACAAACAAAACACCUGAAAAAUUGUCAAAUUUGCAAUUCGCGAUGAGUCGUAAUAGCCAAGGACUCAUAAUCGCCGGUGCACAGUCAUUCCCGCCGUUCAUUGAGCCACAACAGUCUGCUACAGCUGUUAUCCCUGUAAUGGUUGACCAAACAACCGUUGAUAGCCUUGCACAACAAGUGCAGUUAGCUGUUAAUACUAACGCUGGCGUUGUAUUCUCGGCUGAUACAAUCCCUUCAAUAUAUGUCUAA